AUGGCGAGCCACGGAGAGAAGACCGGGGAUCAGCACACGACGGUGGACGAACAGGAGCCCGUCAGUCAUACAAACACCAUCGAAGAAGCCAAGCGCUCUUCGGAUGAGUCCAGCGCCCCAAGCCAUGAAGUCCUCUACGCGGCCGGUAUAGGCCUGAGAGCGGAUGAUCCUACCCUGCCAUGCCUGACCAUCCGCAUCUGGGCCAUCGUGGGCCUGCUGUUCGAGCUCGUCGUCAAGAGGAGGCAGCGGGGCUGGUGGAGGCGCUACAACUUUGUGCUCAGCUCCGCACUGGACUGCUCCGUCGCCAUCGCCGGCAUCGUCGUCUUCUUUGCGCUGUUCUACACUGGCGCGUCGAAACACUUCAAGUGGUGGGUUACGGAAGUCCACCAGCGAUUAGGUUGGGUUGACAACAAGGGUGAACCUGGUUCCUUUAUGAUGAAGAUCAUCAUGAAGUAUCACUAG